UCUGUCGCUGCACGUGUCUGAGUGGCGCGAAGCAUGGUUUGACAAGUUGCAUUAAAUAAAUUGAUUAGUGUUAAAAAAUGUCUGUUUUUAAUCGAUUCGCGAGAGAAAGGCAAAUCGUUUGGGAAUGGGUUAGUCAAUUUUUAUGCUGGGAAUAUUGUGCACAACUCAUCGAACAGGAUCCUGAAGAGAAUAAACUUUAUCCUAAGAUAGAAUCAGAAUUUUUUCAACAAUUAGUUGAAUCUAGUAUUCAAGAUAAAGAAGAUUUCACAUUUUAUCGAACUUUAGUGAAAUAUUUAAAACUAACAAAUCACUUACUAGAUGAAAAUGUUUCUAAUGAUGAAUUUCAAUGCAAUUUGGAGACUUGUUUAGACUGUCUGAAUGAGAUAUGCUGUGUCUAUCCUCAACUUAAAUAUUUCGGUCAUCAUUUAAAUAAAUUAUUUCAGGAAAUUCGAAUUGAUUUAAGUUAUCAAGAAAGAUGUAGAGUAUGGAAGACUGUGUUUAAUUUAUCACAAAGUUGCCUUUUAAAUGAAAUCUUAGAGUUACUUCCAAAACCAUAUAUUCUAAAUUUUAUCAAUGGUUUUGAUUUGAAUAAACAUGAUGCCAUUAAUGACAGAUCUUUUAUUGAUAAAGUUGUAGAAUUCAUAAAAAAUUUGCCACUUGAGAAAAAAGACUUCAAUGAAAUAAAAGAAUUGUUAUUAGAAGAUGAAAGGAUAAGAAGUAUUUUAAAUGAAAACACUUCUGCAAAUAAUAACAACAGAGAGACAUCAAGUCCAGAUGGGUCAUACCAAAGUGCUGUUUCAAAUCUUUCUGAUACUUUAGUCAAUGAAAUUGUAACAGAAAAAGAAAUGCAUGUUGAAGAUAGUGACGAAAGUGAUUGUAUACAAGACAAAGAAAUUUGUCAACAAGCAGUUCAUCCAGAUGAGACUAUUGUAGAAAUUAAUAAUAAAACUAAAGAAGCUUUUAAAUCUAGUUAUUUUCAAACACCUGCGCCCUUACAAGAUUUAAAAACAGUUCUUAGAAGAAAUGCCAUUAAACAAAAAAUGACUAUAGAAUCAGAUAAUGAAUUUGAAAAUCUAAAUAGAUCUCCAUCACCCACUUCCAGUAUUUCUUCAUCUGGGAGUGUUGAAGGUGCAGCACGUAAAAGGAUGCCAUGGUCAAUGGAAGAAGAAGAAUUACUAGUUGCUGGCGUUCAGAAAUAUGGAACUGGCCACUGGAAGUUUAUUAUAUCAGAUGGAGGACUUUACAAUCGAACACCGCGUGAUCUUUAUGACAAAUGGAAAAAUAUUAAUAAAUAUAAUCAUCUCGAUAUGAUAAAAGCAAGAUUAAGGAAAAGAUAUGUUCAAUAAAAGAAAUAAAUUUAUUUAUUUAAUAAGAAUUAUAUAUACUUUUCAAUUGAAUGGAAUACUGUAGACCCCCCAUAACACGGUAGAUAA